GCUGCUGCAAGUACAUAACACCGACACACACUGUCUGCACACAGCGACAGGCAAUCACGUCUGUUCCACUACGCUGCCGAACAGUACUUUCACAUCUUGGAGCUGACAAAAACCGGCGUUUACAUUGUGUGUUUCCUUUAAGGUAAAGGGGAAUUCCUCCGGCUAACAUCGCUUUCAUUUGCUCACAUCUGGAAAGUUGCUUCCUUUCGGUCAACGUGGGCAUCAGCUCCCUUAAGCAUGGCGGAUUACUUGAUCAGUGGUGGUACAGGCUACGUGCCUGAAGAUGGACUCUCAGCUCAGCAGCUCUUCUCCAUCGGAGACGGUCUGACGUACAACAGAUCUGACCAACAGUGUGUUGUCUCCGAUGGUCAUACGGCUGAAGAGCUAUGCUCUAAAGGAGAUGGGUUGACUUACAAUGAUUUCCUGAUCUUGCCUGGCUUCAUCGACUUUACCUCAGACGAAGUGGAUCUGACAUCAGCACUCACCAGGAAGAUCACACUGAAAACCCCCCUCAUCUCCUCCCCUAUGGACACUGUUACAGAAUCAGCAAUGGCAAUUGCCAUGGCGCUAAUGGGAGGAAUUGGCAUUAUUCACCAUAACUGCACACCAGAAUUUCAAGCCAAUGAAGUUCGCAAGGUUAAGAGGUUUGAGCAGGGUUUUAUCACAGACCCAGUUGUUAUGAGUCCACGCCACACAGUUGGGGAUGUGUUUGAGGCCAAAGUAAGACAUGGUUUCUCUGGUAUUCCUGUCACAGAGACAGGCAAAAUGGGCAGCAAACUGGUGGGCAUUGUCACCUCCAGAGAUAUAGACUUCCUUUCUGAGAAAGACCACGACAAACCUCUGGAGGAGGCUAUGACUAAGAGAGAGGAGUUGGUAGUGGCUCCAGCUGGUGUUACACUCAAAGAAGCAAAUGAUAUUCUGCAGCGCAGCAAAAAAGGCAAGCUUCCCAUUGUAAACGAUAAUGACGAGCUGGUGGCCAUUAUUGCCAGGACGGAUUUAAAGAAGAACAGAGACUACCCACUGGCUUCCAAAGACUCACGCAAACAGCUGCUGUGUGGCGCCGCCAUCGGCACCAGGGAGGAUGACAAAUACAGACUGGAUUUGCUAGUCCAAGCUGGAGUGGACGUCGUCGUACUGGACUCCUCACAAGGCAACUCGGUGUAUCAGAUCAACAUGAUAAAUUAUAUUAAACAGAAGUAUGCAGAAUUGCAAGUGGUGGGAGGAAAUGUGGUUACAGCAGCCCAGGCCAAGAAUCUGAUCGAUGCUGGUGUGGAUGCUCUGAGAGUUGGCAUGGGCUGCGGCUCCAUCUGCAUCACACAGGAAGUGAUGGCAUGUGGGCGGCCUCAGGGGACCUCCGUGUACAAGGUAGCGGAGUAUGCCAGGCGUUUCGGUGUACCAGUCAUCGCUGACGGUGGCAUUCAGACUGUGGGCCAUGUGGUGAAAGCUCUGUCUCUUGGAGCAUCGACUGUUAUGAUGGGCUCGUUGCUAGCGGCAACCACUGAGGCUCCUGGAGAGUAUUUCUUCUCAGAUGGCGUGCGGCUGAAAAAGUAUCGUGGUAUGGGCUCCCUGGACGCUAUGGAGAAAAGCACCAGCAGCCAGAAACGCUAUUUUAGUGAGGGCGACAAGGUGAAAGUAGCCCAGGGUGUGUCAGGCUCAGUCCAGGACAAAGGCUCCAUCCACAAGUUUGCACCAUACCUGAUAGCAGGAAUCCAACAUGGCUGCCAAGAUAUUGGGGCGAAGAGUCUCUCUGUCCUCCGUUCUAUGAUGUACUCUGGAGAGCUGAAGUUUGAGAAGCGGACCAUGUCUGCACAGGUGGAGGGAGGCGUACAUGGACUCCACUCUUACGAGAAGCGGCUUUACUGAACACCAGAGUUGGAGCACAGAUGAACGGUGCACGUUACAUACCCAAUCUAACAGUGACCAAAUGUUAAUUGCCACUUGAAAAAUACGCACCACCCACUACACCCCCCUCUCUGCCCUCCCCUGUGUCGUAUCCACUGCUGCUCUCUUUCUCCGACCCCAGCCAGCUGAUCUGGGGAGCGAAGGGGGCACCGUAGCGAAGCGAGAACCUUCAAACUGACACCCGACUCUGUGAACACCUUGCACUCAAGAAAGUGGCGCAUCAGGGUUUUUGGAAUGACAUCCGUACCUGUAUCUUGAGUAUGCAGCCCAACCCCACCCAGUUUAGUGUGUGUUGAUAGCAGUGUGAGUGCGUGAAUUAAGGGUAGUGUGUGUCUGAGUGUGUGGUAUAGUUUAAAAUGUGCGUUGGGACAGACAAAGUGAAGGUGCACUACGUUUAUUCGUCCUGUUAUUAGUGAGGUGAAAACCGCCGUGGUGCAGAUCCUAUCAGCAUCUUUUUUUUUUUUUUUGUGGCUAUUUUUGGGAUUCACGCUUACCAGCAAGCUCCCUGUAGAAGCCUCCCGCAUCCCAGUUCUUAAACACACUCGUACAUACGUGCAGAAAUCAAGACGAACACUUUGUCUCUCUGUGUGCAGUGUGCCAGUCUAUCACAGCAUUUCAGUCUUCACCAAUAUAUGCUACUUGGAGAGUAACUGCUUAUACUUAAGCGCAUAUUGUUUACUUAGUGUAUUGUGGAUUCUGAGGUAUGAGAUAUUGGUCAUGGUUGUUAUCUUGUCAACUGUGUAUCCUUCAGUGUCACCAGAAAGCAGUAUAGACCCACAGUUUUUACCUCUAUGGACAUUCAUUUACCCCUCGAAGACAUGCUGAGCCAAAUAACCAGUGUCCCAUCUGAGUGCAGAGAAUUCCUAAGUUAAGCAUGAAAGGGACCAAAAAGCUGAACAUCAGGUAUGUUUAAAAAUUACAUCAAGCUGAAAUAUAUCAAUCAAAAGUAGUUGCUAAAGAGGAGAAUGACAACUUCUUUUCCCAUAAUUUGAAUACUUUUAGAUAAAAACGACUUUAUAUUAAACAUGUAUAGUCUCUGGGGGGCUUUGAAUUGAGCAUGAAGGGUUUUUGAUAUGCAUGUUUGUUUUUUCACUAAGCCAGACAUGGCUGUAUUUAUAUUCUGCUUUAAUUGCAUACAUACUGCCAAGUGUAUUUACACUUUCUUUGACAUGCUUCUUUUGUAACUCCCAAACCAAAAUUGGUGCAACAAGUUGCUCAUUACUUUGCCACUCGUUCCUUCCUGCGCUUUCAUGAUGUGUCAUAGGUUCUCUGUCGUUUUAUUUCUGAUAUAGUUGUUUCUUUUCACCAGAGAUAUGCCUUGAAAACAAGGAUAGAAAUAGGGCUGCACAUGACAGCUCUGUGAAAAUGCAUUCAAAUGCAUAAUGUUACACACCUUCUCGCCUCUUUUUUCUUACUUUAAAACAGUUUCGCUCUGUUUGUUACCGUUCAGCUUAUGUAGGGGUAGGCUUUUCUAACAUUUUCAUACUAAACUUUCUUUUUGCUAGAUGUUUUUUUUUUUUUUAAUGUCCCAGAUUGUAUGAGUUGCUUUCUCUAACCCGCUAAUGUACUUUUUACCCUGCACAGGGUUCACUUGACUAACAAAGAUCUUGCAACUGGACUGUAUUGCAAGGAAAUGUACAUGAAAUAUAUGAAGAAAUAUAUACCUAUAUUAGAUGGAAAUGACUGCUGCUUGUUUUCAGUUUCCCACCUAAAGAGGUAAUUCAGGUUUUUAAAAUGUCUUAUUUGUAAAGUACUGAGUCCGGUUAGUCCAUCUAAAAAGCACAACUAUAGUGACAUGUGAGAUGUUUUAUUUUUUGUGUUGCUCUUUUGUAUGAUUUCAGCUUCACAACAGUUACCAUAACACUUACAAGCUUUUGCAACCUACAACCAAAACGGCAAGAAGGCUCUUUUUAGAUGGACGGUAAAGACUCAGUAUUCUGUAAAUCCGUUAGGGGAUUUUGAGGAAUAUCAUUUCAGAACAUGUUUGCAGUAAAACACUCAACAGAUGAUAGUUGCUUUUGCUGUUCAAUAUGGUAAAGAAGAAUAAAUGAAUAAAACUGUC